UUUUGGUACAGAGCUUUGCUGCCUAUACACGGGCAUUGGCACUGGGGGCUGAACUCUGAGGGCCAGAGGCAGGUUUCUGAGGUCCCUCCGGCCACCGUCUCCGUUUGCCGGUCACCGAGAGAGAGAGAGAGAGAGAGAGAGAGAGAAGGGGGGAGAGGGAAGGGGGAGAUGGAGGGUCGAGAUGAGGAGGAGCGGGGGGAGGAAGAGGAGGUGCUAGGGUCGAGCUUGACCAUGGAGAAGGUGGCGGCAGCUAAGCAGUUCAUCGAGAAUCACUACAGAGCUCAGAUGAAGAACAUCCAAGAGCGAAAAGAACGACGAUGGGUGUUGGAAAGAAAAUUAGCUCUCUCAGAUGUGUCCAAGGAGGAACAGAUCAAUCUGAUCAAGGAUUUAGAGCGAAAAGAGACAGAGUAUAUGCGCCUUAAAAGAAACAAGAUAUGUGUUAAUGAUUUUGAGCUCCUAACCAUCAUUGGGAGAGGAGCCUAUGGUGAGGUCCGAUUGUGCCGAGAGAAGAAAUCUGGUAAUAUUUAUGCCAUGAAAAAGUUGAAGAAGUCUGACAUGCUUACAAGAGGACAGGUGGAACAUGUGAGAGCUGAGAGGAACUUGCUUGCUGAAGUUGCCAGCCACUGCAUUGUGAAGCUCUACUACUCUUUUCAGGAUGAUGAAUACUUAUAUUUGAUUAUGGAAUAUCUACCUGGUGGUGACAUGAUGACUUUGCUGAUGAGAGAGGACACGCUAACUGAAAGUGUAGCAAGAUUUUACAUUGCUCAAAGUGUCCUGUCCAUAGAAUCCAUUCAUAAACACAACUAUAUUCAUAGAGAUAUCAAACCUGACAACCUUCUUCUGGACAAAAAUGGCCAUAUGAAGCUCUCAGAUUUUGGCCUCUGUAAGCCACUUGAUUGCACAACUUUAUCUACGUUGAAAGAAAAUGAAAUUUUGGAGGAUGAGAACAUGAGGGAACCAAUGGAUAUUGAUGGAUGCUUCCCUGAUGCGGAUAAUGGAAGUAGUUGGAAAAGUGCUCGUGAACAACUCCAGCAUUGGCAGAUGAACAGGAGGAAGUUGGCCUUUUCAACUGUGGGAACUCCAGAUUACAUUGCUCCUGAAGUACUACUGAAGAAAGGAUAUGGCAUGGAAUGUGAUUGGUGGUCACUAGGUGCUAUAAUGUAUGAAAUGCUUGUCGGGUACCCUCCAUUUUACUCAGAUGAUCCAAUGACCACAUGCAGAAAGAUUGUUCAUUGGAGAAAUCACCUAAAAUUUCCAGAAGAUGCAAGGCUGACACCUGAGGCCAAGGAUCUCAUUUGUAGGUUGCUAUGUGAUGUUGAACAUAGGCUGGGAACUGGAGGGGCAGCUCAAAUUAAGGCUCAUCCUUGGUUCAAGGAUGUUGAAUGGGAGAAGCUCUAUGAAAUGGAGGCAGCAUUCAAACCAGAAGUCAAUGGGGAGCUAGAUACCCAGAAUUUUAUGAAAUUUGAUGAAUUGGAUCCUCCAAAACCAGCGAGAACAGGCUCAGGACCCUCAAGGAAGACGCUAUUGACUCCCAAAGAUUUGAGUUUUGUUGGCUAUACAUACAAGAACUUUGAUGCUGUCAAAGGGCUACGUCCAUCUUUUGUUGGUUCUAGGGUGGACUACGCUUCUAGACAGGCAAACGAUGAAACAGAGGUUCAGAUGCUUGCGUCAUCAGGUGAUGCCAUGUCUCCAUAAUAUAAAAGCAUAUCUAGGAACAAGGGCAAGUUUAUGUCAUGGGGAUGCAGCUACAUCACCCCCAGGUCUGCAUUUCUUGGCAGCCAAGCAUUUUGCAGAACCAUUGUUUUAAGUGUACAGCAAUAUUCAAGUUAACCUGGUCAUGGGUUAACUGGUAGAAGUGAAACUUUGGUAUAAAUGAUUUAGGAUAGAAAGAGGUCAUAUGUCGUGGUUGCCCAGGUUGGCGGUGGAAAACUUGCCUUCUCUUGUGGCAGUUUCUGGUCAAAUUUUAAUUAAUAGCAGACUAGUAAGAAAACUGCCUUCUUAGAGAUGCUAUAUUACCAUUAUUGUGUGUAAGCUUUUGCCAGCAGUUACAGAAGAUUAGAUGUUUAAAAAAAUUUGAGUAAUAAUUUCUGUGUGGGGAAUAUUUUUAUCUUGAUAUUUAAUCUUUAUUUUUUAAAA